AUGAGGGAGCCGGUCGUGUUAGAAGACGUUCGCAGCUACGACAUGCAGAAGUUGGUCUUCUACGUCAAUGGGAAUCGAGUCAAAACGACGGACGUUGAUCCGAAGACCACUUUGGCCACUUAUCUUCGAGAUCAUUGUAUUUUCUAUUCAAAUAUUUUGGAAUUUCAAAAAAUUUUCAGUGAAAUUAACCGGUACAAAAAUUGGAUGCAAUGAGGGCGGCUGUGGCGCCUGCACGGUGAUGAUCAGCGAGCUCGACGUGGUCACUGACAAAAUCAGGUUUCAAUAGUAUUCAAUGGACUUGUCGAGACCCAUUUUCGGGAUUUCUGGAUUUUAAAAAAUCCACUGAGCUUCGAUUUUAAAAUCUUCACAUAAGCAAUAUCGAAAAUGACCUGUGAAUGAUUUUUUUCAAAAAAAGUUUCAAAAAGAAAAUUUUCCUAGCUUUUUUCUUAGAAGAUUUGUAUGGUUGAGAUAAAAAGAGACUGAAAAUAUUGGAGUGAAAAAAAUUUCAGCAAAGAAAAAUUCUUGCAUUUUUUCAAGGUCCAAUAAAGAUUUUAUCAUAAAUUUAUCAAUUCUACUCUGAAUAAUAGAAAUUAUGAUCUUGAAAUGAACAUUUAAACUCGCUGUAUACACAUAAGUAUUAGAGUUCUCAAAACCAAACGUUCGAACGAACGUUCGACCAAACAUUUUUCGAACAAAUGUUGAAACCAAACUUUUUGGUUCAAGUUUGCUUUUGAACGUUCAACCAAAAUGAACGUUCAUUUUUCCGUUCGUAAAAAGUUCGUUCAAAAAAAUGAACGUUCAUUUUUUUCAUUUUCAAAAAGUUCGUUCAAAAAAAUGAACGUUCAUUUUUUUCAUUUUCAAAAAGUUCGUUCAAAAAAAUGAACGUUCAUUUUUCAUUUCCAAAAAGUUCGUUCAAAAAAAUGAACGUUCAUUUUUUUCAUUUUAAAAAGUUCGUUCAAAAAAAUGAACGUUCAUUUUUCCGUUCGUAAAAAGUUCGUUCAAAAAAAUGAACGUUCAUUUUUUUCAUUUUCAAAAAGUUCGUUCAAAAAAAUGAACGUUCAUUUUUUUCAUUUUCAAAAAAAGUUCGUUCAAAAAAAUGAACGUUCAUUUUUUUCAUUUUAAAAAGUUCGUUCAAAAAUGAACGUUCAUUUUUCAUUUCUAAAAAGUUCGUUCAAAAAAAUGAACGUUCAUUUUUCAUUUUAAAAAAGUUCGUUCAAAAAAAUGAACGUUCAUUUUUUUCAUUUUAAAAAGUUCGUUCAAAAAAAUGAACGUUCAUUUUUCAUUUUCAAAAAGUUCGUUCAAAAAAAUGAACGUUCAUUUUUUUCAUUUUCCAAAAAAGUUCGUUCAAAAAAAUGAACGUUCAUUUUUUUCAUUUUCAAAAAGUUCGUUCAAAAAAAUGAACGUUCAUUUUUUUCAUUUUCAAAAAGUUCGUUCAAAAAAAUGAACGUUCAUUUUUUUCAUUUCAAAAAGUUCGUUCAAAAAAAUGAACGUUCAUUUUUCAUUUUAAAAAGUUCGUUCAAAAAAAUGAACGUUCAUUUUUUUCGUUCGUAAAAAGUUCGUUCAAAAAAACGAACGUUCAUUUUUUUCAUUUCCAAAAAGUUCGUUCAAAAAAAUGAACGUUCAUUUUUUUCAUUUUAAAAAAAGUUCGUUCAAAAAAAUGAACGUUCAUUUUUCGUUCGUAAAAGUUCGUUCAAAAAAAUGAACGUUCAUUUUUUUCACGUCAAAAAGUUCGUUCAAAAAAAUGAACGUUCAUUUUUUUCAUUUUAAAAAAGUUCGUUCAAAAAAAUGAACGUUCAUUUUUCCGUUCGUAAAAAAAGUUCGUUCAAAAAAAUGAACGUUCAUUUUUUUCAUUUUAAAAAGUUCGUUCAAAAAAAUGAACGUUCAUUUUUCAUUUUUCAAAAAGUUCGUUCAAAAAAAUGAACGUUCAUUUUUUUCAUUUUCAAAAAGUUCGUUCAAAAAAUGAACGUUCAUUUUUUUCAUUUUCCAAAAAAAGUUCGUUCAAAAAAAUGAACGUUCAUUUUUCAUUUUCAAAAAGUUCGUUCAAAAAAUGAACGUUCAUUUUUCAUUUCCAAAAAGUUCGUUCAAAAAAUGAACGUUCAUUUUUCAUUUUCAAAAAGUUCGUUCAAAAAAAUGAACGUUCAUUUUUUUCAUUUUCAAAAAGUUCGUUCAAAAAAAUGAACGUUCAUUUUUUUCAUUUCCAAAAAGUUCGUUCAAAAAAAUGAACGUUCAUUUUUUUCAUUUUCAAAAAGUUCGUUCAAAAAAAUGAACGUUCAUUUUUUUCAUUUUCAAAAAAGUUCGUUCAAAAAAAUGAACGUUCAUUUUUUUCAUUUCCAAAAAGUUCGUUCAAAAAAAUGAACGUUCAUUUUUUUCAUUUUAAAAAAGUUCGUUCAAAAAAAUGAACGUUCAUUUUUUUCGUUCGUAAAAAGUUCGUUCAAAAAAACGAACGUUCAUUUUUUUCAUUUCCAAAAAGUUCGUUCAAAAAUGAACGUUCAUUUUUUUCAUUUUAAAAAGUUCGUUCAAAAAACGAACGUUCAUUUUUCGUUCGUAAAAAGUUCGUUCAAAAAAUCGAACGUUCAUUUUUCAUUUCCAAAAAGUUCGUUCAAAAAAUGAACGUUCAUUUUUCAUUUUAAAAAGUUCGUUCAAAAAAUGAACGUUCAUUUUUCGUUCGUAAAAAGUUCGUUCAAAAAAUCGAACGUUCAUUUUUCAUUUCCAAAAAGUUCGUUCAAAAAAUCGAACGUUCAUUUUUCAUUUUAAAAAGGUUCGUUCAAAAAAUGAACGUUCAUUUUUCGUUCGUAAAAAGUUUGUUCAAAAAACGAACGUUCAUUUUUCGUUCGUAAAAAGUUCGUUCAAAAAACGGACGUUCGUUUUUCAUUUUAAAAAAGUUCGUUCAAAAAACGAACGUUCGUUUUUUUAUGUGAACGUUCAUUUUCUGUUCGAUUUUUUUAAUUGCAAAAUGUAAUAAAAAUUAAAAAAAGUUUCCUGGCUCCGAAACUGACUGCGCAAUAUUGACCGGACACCGGCCGCUGUGGUACUGUCUCAAACAUGCGAGCCAGCACGAAUGUCAAAAAACAAACGGCAUGCCAGCGCGCAUACAUCCGUUUAGAGAGAAUUGUAAACUUGGAGUGACCAGACUCGUACUCUCCCCGCUCUCCACACUGUCGAGGAUCUGCGCGCUGGCAUGCUAAUUUCAACAGAAAACGGUCUGCCAUUUUUCUUCUGAGUGUCUUCCUCUGCCAAUAAUUCAUUUCGAGUUAAAUCGCACACCGCUACUCCCUGACAUCAUCCCUAUGACGUCAUCGUGGCUUGGCGAUUCGCACACGCAGCCAUAUUAUUUGAUUUAUUUUUCACGUUUUAAAUUUAUAAAAUUAGAUUCGACUCGAAAAAAUUUUCAUAUUAUUUCAGGCUCUUCCCAUUCUUCAAUUUUUUUCGGCGUACUUUCAACCCAAUCCAUUCUUUUCCGAAUCGAAUCCGAAUCGGCCAUUCAACCGAACCCAUUCUUUUCCGAAUCGGUUAAUUAUCAAUCCGAAUCGGAUAUUUUCAACCGAACCCUAGAAAAAUUUCCAAAUAUUCUUCCGAAUCGGGCGUUCAAUCCGAAUCGGUCAAAAAAUGAAACCAAUUUUAUUCAAAUUUUUUUCUUUCUUUACUAUUUAUUUUUCAUUUAAACUCACUGUAUAUUCAGAAAUUUAAUAUGAUCUGGGAGAGAUAAACGGAGUACAGCCAAAGCCUAUCAAAACUUGAGUGUGUGCAAUAUCUUCACAAAGCUGAAGACUUCUCAUUGCUACAGAUCAUUUUUCGGCUUUUUCCUCAAUUUUUCUCGCCCAUAGCCGACUUUCAGCUUUGCCCUUGACUAUUUAGAUACAUCUGUCCAGAUCACUUUUUUCAACAUUUUUUUUUGAUUUUAACCCAAGUUUGAAUUUGAAAGUAUCUGGUCUAUGACUUCUUUUAGGGUCGUCUGAGAGUAGAAAUGAAGUCGCCACAGAUACUGCCAAGUUUCCUGAUCUUGGCAUGACUUUUCAGAUUUUCCAGACAUUUUUAAUUAUUAUUUUAUUCAGCCAGUCAAUUAUUUCGCUGUUUUAGGCACAAAUAUUAUCGACUGAGCUGGAUGCAAGAGUUUUUCAAACUUCAUCGAAUUGGAAGUCCAAAUUUGUAGUCGAAGGAGUGGAUAGAACUGUCUGACGGUCCUUCACGAAGCUCGUGCUCUAGUUCAAAUCCUUGAAAUGAAAGAAAUCACUUCAAGGGAAGAUUUUUAUAAAAAGAGCUGAUCUUUCGCCUUUUUCUAUCUUUUCUAGGAACAGAACUUUCAGUUCAUUUGUUAAAACUGUUCUAACUAAAUAUAAUUUAUAGUUUAAACUCAGGUUUUUUUUUUCUAUUUAUAACUUUUGAAAAUAUCGCCAAGUUUUUUUGUUUUCUUUAAGUUGUCAGAUGGCGAUUCUACUGUAAACUUCUGAACAUUUUCGGAAUUGACGGUGACAGUCACUUGAAAAUAGCUUCGAGAGGUUUUCCUAAUAAAUAAUCUUGACUAAAACUAGUUCUCAGUCGUUGCUUACAUAGCGCUAUAUAUAGAAAAAAAUCUGCGGACUUAUUAGUAAGAAUUUUUUUCGAAUUGUUCACUACGAAAUUCAUUCCGAAUUCAGAGCGUUUUGCAAAACAAGAGUUGCAGACGGUCACGCGGAAGUCUCAAGCAGAAUUCAAGUAUAGGUCAUUCCGCGCCAGCUUGUCACGAUUUUAAUUUUCCUCGGAGCUACAGAACCCCUUUCGGCGCUUCGCUUCAAUGCUCUCGGUGUUCCCUCCCUUGCGUGCGCCUUUAAUAAAAAUAUUAUUUCUGAUUAAGAUAUUGCUUCAAUUUCCUCUCACUCUUCUAUUAAUUUACGAGGUUGUUUUCGAUGGAUUGAUUUCAUUUUUUUCGCUUGGACUAUACACACUCAGAUUCUGUGCUGGAUUUGUAAGAAAAAGAAAAAUCAAAAAGAUUGAAUUACUACUUUUUUUAAUUGUUAUUAAUGAAACCGGCUGUUCGAGCUUUUCUUGCAUAUAGUUUUUUUGGGUUAAUGUGAUAUAAAAAUUUGAUGUUACAACUGUUUUUUUGUAGAAUAGGAAAAAUUCCAAAAGUUCCAAAAUAAUGAGUUUUAUUAAAGGCGCACGCAGAGGGCACACCGAGAGCAUCGAAGCGAAGCGCCGAAAAAGGCUUCUCUAGCUCCAAAUAAACUGGAAAUCGUGACAAGCUGGCGCGGAAUGACCUAUAUUUUUAUACCGAACUUCACUGGUUUCAUCCGAAACGAGCGGAACAAAAAUUACAGCCCAAUUGCAUUGACUUUAUCAAUCGAUUUCAAACUAAAAAUUUAAAGUCGUUAUCACGCAAUAUUUCUUCCGAAAUGAUAUUUAAUUUCGGUAUAAUCCGACGUUCAUGCUGAAAAAUCAAACAUGUUGGUAACGUCGGAUUAUUCCUUAAUUUCCAUGAAACUUGAUAGGGAAAUGAAAUGAAAAAAAUUUUUAAAUGACGAAAAACCGAUUAAAAAAAUUUUUUGGGCCUAAAAUUUUUUUCUUGAAAAAGAUGUGAAACCUGCGAAUAAAUAUAAGAAAAAAAGAAUGACUAUAGCAAAAUACUAAUAUUAAGCAAAGUCUAUAAGUGAUGAAACUAUACAGAAAACACAAGAAUUGAAAAAGAAACAUUGAAGAAAAAAAAAACAACUACACCCAGUUUCGUGGACUAUAUCGCAGCGAGAGUGGCGCGACAUAGCAGCGACAUAUCUCGCUGCCAUCUCGCUCAGCUCUAGCAAACUCCCGGCGCGAUAUCGGCGCGAGGUCGCGGAUUAUCGAUUGGUCACUAUUUACGUGCCAUCAAAAAUUUUUACUUGAAUUGUUUUAUUUUUUUCGUGUGUUAUAUUCUCUCUGAUUUUUUUAUGUCUAUUUUUCACUUAAUAUUUCUAAAAUGUUAAUUUUACAACUAAUGUAACGCUCAUACAGUACCGUCAGAAGAGGAAAAAUAUUUUUCGCUCACAACUUCCUCGUAUAGAGCUCAAUCUUUCUGAAACUUUUUCAGCUGUGUUUCUAAGUUUUCACCACGGUGUUACAAUCAACAGUCAUCAUAUUUCCAGAGAGUUUCAAAGGGUGAAAUCCCAUUAAAGAAAGUUGUGAUAAAAAAAAAGCGUUUUUGUAUAUAUUUUGACGGAACUGCACACCUUUCUUGAAUUUGAAAGUCCUUUUUUCGCAUUUUUUUUUCAUUUUUUUAACCAAGAAUUUCAGGUUAUUAGUAUUUCAAAAUGGCAUCUAACAUUUUUUUCGAUCAAUAAAAAGUCAAGAAAGAUCCGUGGGAGAUGGCACCGAAACUUUGCUUUUUGGAUACAAUCAAUAAGAUUCUUGGUAAACUAUUUUUUUGAAACAGUAUAUCCAUUUUUUUACUUGAAGAUAUGAUUUGCACUUUGGCGUCGAUGGGUAAGGAAAAAGAAGAAAUGAGGCAUGAUUUCGAGAAAGCACGAACUGCUGUCUUGAUACAGUCGCUCCUGUGAGUUAUUCUCUUAUUCAAGGUUGGACUUUUUUCAGUAUUUCUCUUUUUUACCGGUUUUAUCAUUUAGAAAAGUUCUUGACGCAGCAAAUGAAGGAUAUGCCGAAAACUAUCGAGUCAAAGCUUACAGUAACAUUUUUAAGGGAACUUAGGGUCAAUCUGAUUGUUUAACUUAAUUUUCUUUUUCAAAACUUCUUUCAUUUUCAUUUCGAGCCUCCCUCAUUCAUUUUUUUUCUAAUUUGAACUUUUAAAGAUCAUCUACGAGCUUACAAUCGGUUUACUUUUCUGUUUUUAUUGAAACUACUCUUUUCCUAGUCACAUUUUUUUCCUAUGAAAAGUGAACGAUACACAUGUUUUUCCUCAUAUUGUCCUUUUUUAUUCUUACUUGAAGCUUCACUCUUUCGCCUCAAUUCAAUCUUCUUCAGAUUUGUACAUACUUUCAGUUUACUUCGAAUUCGAAAAUGUAUCAUCAAUUAUUUGGAAAUUUCUUUAAUGCUCUCAAGUUUUCAUUAAAAUAUAUUGUUUAUAUUAAAUAAAAAGUAAAGAAGGUUGAUAAAGACCGAUAUGUUAUCAUUUACAACCCAAUAAAAGUAUGAAGAAUAGAAAGCAAAUCAAGAAAAAAAAAGCCCAAUCGAGCUAAAAAAUUUUUUUGAAAGAGCGACAUAGCAGCGAGAUGUGAGCGACCUUGCGCCGAGAGGCGAGCGAUAUAGCUCGCGGCUCCCCCGCGAUAUAGCGUUUCUCUCGCUGCGACCUCGUCCGUAAAACUGGGUGUAAAAAACGUAAUUUAAGCAGGCGCCAAGAGUUUUGGCGCGCUAUCUCAUCGCUUUGGGACCCUAUGUUCCCGUACACUUGGAUAAUUGCCAGUUUUCGAAAAUUUUUUUUUUCCAUUGCCAAAAAUAAGUUUCUGGCGGGUUUUUUUCUCUGCUCUUUUUUGCUUUUUUCAUUUUGACUUUUUACAUUUAGUGUUAGCUCUCUACAGUCAAAUUACUUGAAAUUAUCGACGCUAAAUCUCAAUUUUUUGAAAAAAAAAAUCUGGCCUAAAAUUUCGCUGAUUUUACUUUGUGUUUUAUAUUUUUUAUUCAGGUUUUCCAACAACUGAUAUUCUACAAUGAGAAGAAUUAAUGUUUUAAAGUUCGUAUUGAACUUUUUUUUUCACUUUUCUCCAAAAAACAAAAUUUAGGCCCAAAAAGUUGAAUUUUUUACAUCAAUUUUUCAUGUCAAUUAAGCCUUUCAAAGUUUGAGUUAUAAUAUCGUGAAAAGGAGUGCCGUGUCUUUAUGCCGCUCUCAAAGUGAUUCUAGCAAGAAGACCGGCAAAAGGAAAAUAAACGAAAAUUUUUAAGAAAUCAUUUUGCUAAAUUACUUUGAAUGAUAAUUCACGCCAAAAUUUGUUUUUCUUUUGAAAUUUGUUUUAAAUAUGUGGAAUUUGAUCGCACUGAUUUUCACUCAUUCUCAAGGCUGUAGGAAAGUAUAUCAAUGGUUUUCGAGAGAGCUUCCAGAGACUUUUGGACCUCCUCAGACCCCUUAACACAGUCUUUUUUUUAAAAUUUGCCUCAAAAUCCAAUUGAUAAAGUCAAUGAACUUGAGCUUUGAUUUUUUUUUUCUCGUUCCUCAUGUUUCGGAUGAAACUCGGAAGAAAACAGCUAGAUGGGUUCUCGAAUGGGUGAAUUCUGCUUGAGAUUGGCCUUCCGCGUGACCGUCUGCAAAUCUUGUUUCGCAUAACACUCUGAACUCUGCAUGUACUAAUCUUAGACUGUGUAACGAUCUGAAAGAGAUAAGAUUUCUUCUGGCGACGCGUUUUGAAUUAUUGGAAAAAUUUGGAAUUUAAAAAAAUGAAAUCAAUACUAACAAGUCGCUAGCAGAUUUUUCUUACAUUCUGAAUAAUUGCAACGACUGAGAAUUAGUAUUAGUCAAGCUCAUUUAUUAGGUGAAUCUCGCUGAGCUUUUCUUAAAUCAUUAUCACCCGCGCUAAUGCGAAACCUGUUCAGAAAUUGACAGUAGAAACAUAUCUAGAAAAAACUUGGCAAUUAUUUUAAAAAGUUCCAGCCAGAAAAAAACCUGAGAUUAAACUAAAAAUUUCUAAUUUUUUUGAGAUUUGACCUGUAACACGAUCUCCGCGCUCCAAUUCCAAAAAUUAAUCAAAUUUUGAACUCGUCAUAGCGCAACUGGUGAACUACGCUCAGAAGAAUGAACCGCAGGAACGUCAGAAAAAUGCUUUCAACUCCUUGAACUACAAAUUUGCACUUCCAAUUCGCCAGAGACGAUUUUUGAAUGGGGCUUCAAAAAGCUCUUGAAUCCAGCUCAGUCGAUAAUAUCUGUGACUAAAAACAGAGAAACAAUUGACUGACUGAAAAAAAGAAAUAAUUAAAAAAAUGUUUGGAAAAAUCUGAAAAAGUCAUGCCAAGAUCAGGAAACUUGGCAGUAUCUGUAGCGACUUCAUUUCUACUCUCAGACGACCCUAAAAGAAGUCAUAGACCAGAUACUUUCAAAUUCAAACUUGGGUUAAAAAUCAUGUUGAAAAAAAGUGAUCUGGACAGAUGUAUCUAAAUAGUCAAGGGCAAAGCUGAAAGUCGGCUAUGGGCGAGAAAAAUUGAGGAAAAAGCCGAAAAAUGAUCUGUAGCAAUGAGAAGUCUUCAGCUUUGUGAAGAUAUUGCACACACUCAAGUUUUGAUAGGCUUUGGCUGUACUCCGUUUAUCUCUCCCAGAUCAUAUUAAAUUUCUGAAUAUACAGUGAGUUUAAAUGAAAAUAAAUAGUAAAGAAAGAAAAAUUUGAAUAAAAUUGGUUUCAUUUUUUUUUGACCGAUUCGGAUUGAACGCCCGAUUCGGAAGAAUAUUUGGAAAUUUUCUAGGGUUCGGUUGAAAAUAUCCGAUUCGGAUUGAUAAUUAACCGAUUCGGAAAGAAUGGGUUCGGUUGAAUGGCCGAUUCGGAUUCGAUUCGGAAAGAAUGGAUUCAGUUGAAAGUAGGCCAUUUUUUCACGUAAAUAAAAUAAUUAUAUAGCCAAAUAUUUAGAUUACGCUUAUUUCUUGUGUUUCGAAUGAUGUCAUAGUGACGUCAGGGAGUAGCGGUUUGCGAUUAAUAGAUGAUUCACGGCUAACUUGGGACGCAAAAAGGCGUGGCAUGUCUGCACUCUCCACCAACUAGGGCACUGUCUCGUCUCUAUUCGUGGCAGGACCCUUUUUCGCGAUGGCUCAAGCCAGCCGUGAAUCAGCUAUAACGAAAAACUCAAUAUAUCAUGUUCCAUGUCGUAAUUAUAAGAAUAUUCGCUGGAAAUUCGAAAGUACGUUCAAAAAUGAACGUUCAUUCUCGAUCGCGAGUUUGUUCAAAAAUGAACGUUCAUUUUCCGCUCGUGAAAAGUUCGUUUAAAAAAUGAACGUUCAUUUUUCAUUUUAAAAAAGUUCGUUCAAAAAAUGAACGUUCAUUUUUUUCAUUUUAAAAAAAGUUCGUUCAAAAAAAUGAACGUUCAUUUUUUUCAUUUUCCAAAAAAAGUUCGUUCAAAAAAAUGAACGCUCAUUUUUUUCAUUUUAAAAAAAGUUCGUUCAAAAAAAUGAACGUUCAUUUUUUUCAUUUUCAAAAAGUUCGUUCAAAAAAAUGAACGUUCAUUUUUUUCAUUUCCAAAAAAGUUCGUUUAAAAAAAUGAACGUUCAUUUUUCCAUUUUCAAAAAGUUCGUUCAAAAAAAUGAACGUUCAUUUUUUUCGCUCGUGAAAAAGUUCGUUCAAAAAGUGAACGUUCAUUUUUCCAUUUCAAAAACAGUUCGUUCAAAAAAACGAACGUCCGUUUUUAUGUGAAAAAGCAAACGUUCAUUAUUAUAAGAAAAACGAUUUUUCGAACUUUUUGGUUGAACGUUUGAAAAAUGAUAUAUCCUAAACUAUCGAAAAAUGAAAAAGUUCAUUUUUUUCAAACGGUCAUUUUUUGAACGUUCGGUUUUGAGAACUCUAAUAAGUAUGUAUCAGACCCGUAAACCGGCCGUUUUUGAACCUCUGAAGUAAUCCCUUUAGCGUUCUAGAAUCCUUUAAUUGGUCACUAAAUGGUUCAGAAACGUCAUGGAUAUGUCUGGCUCACGUUAAAAAGUCUGAGUCAAUUUUCGAGACGAAAUAUUCGAAUAACUUGAUCAAUUUUUCCUCUUUAGACACUUCUCGGCGAACGCCUGUCUCAUGCCGGUUUGCUCGGUUUUCGGCAAAGCCGUCACCACCGUCGAAGGCAUCGGAAGCGCUGUGAAUGGUAGGAUGCACGCCGUUCAGGAACGCCUAGCCAAGUUGGUUCCUACCAAAAUGAUAUUAAUCAAAAAAUUUUGACGAGGAACCGAAGAUAAGAAGAACGUUUUUGUCUUACACGUGGCAAUCGAGUCAAAAUUCAAAAAGUCGAAUGAAAUCUAAAAUAUUUUAAAACAACUUUUAGAAGAUUAAAUUAAAAUCAUGAAAAGAAAUGGUCUUACUAGAAAAAAAACGGAAGCUUGUUUAUAAUAAAAUUUAGAAAAUAUUCCUAUUUUUUAAAAUUUUUCCACUUUUUGACGAAAUGAACAUGUUGAUACCUGUGAAGAAACGAAAAACUAAGUUUGAACAAUGGGAAUGCGAAAAAAAAACUGAAAAAUUCAAUCGAUUCGAAUUAUCCCAAGAAUUCGCGACUUCUUCGCGCUGUCGCACUUUCUCAAGUCCCUUGAGGGCACUUCUUAGUAGUUCAACCACUGAAACGGAGAAUCUUGAUUUUACUGACUAGUACUACUUUCUUAAGUUGUAUUGAACGAUUUUGAAUCAAACUAUGACUUUUCUUGCCAAAUGGAAGUUUUCUUCUUUUUUUGUAUUGUUGUUUUUUUUCCGUUUUUCCGUAAAAUUCAAUUUUUGACUUCCCGAAAAGUUUGUUGUAUAAAACUUCAGGAAAUGAUUUUUUUUUGAAAAUUUUUUUUUCGGAUGUUUACUUUGAAAGCGUAUAUUGGGACUCGCCACCGUAUUUUUUUUUAAUGCCAAGAGUAUUUUUUGAAUUGAAUUGGCUUUUACAGAGCCCACGGUUCUCAAUGCGGCUUCUGCACGCCAGGAUUUGUGAUGGCCAUGUAUUCCUUGCUGCGAAACAAUCCGCGACCCACAGAAGCCGAUAUAAACGAGGCGAUGCAGGGAAAUCUGUGCCGCUGUACUGGAUACCGGCCAAUCCUUGAAGCCUUCUACAGUUUUGCUGUUCAGAAUGAUGGGACUGUUAAAGUGUGUCUUUGUUUUGAAUCUCUAUUAUGGAAAAAAGAAUAUUUACCCGAUUUUCAACCUCAUUUUUCUCAAAGUUUAAUUUUAGGCUGGAAAUUCUGGAUGCGCCAUGGGUGAUAAAUGUUGCAAAGUCAACGGUAGUGCGAAGGUACAACUAUUUUCUCAAUUUCUCAAUUUUCUCAAUUUGGGUGAAAAUUUUCGAAAAAAGUCAAAUUUUUUAAGUUUUUCAGGUCGCCGAAAAAGUAGCCGAAUGUUCGGAAGGCGACAAAUGCUGCAAAGUUAGUGGAACACGAAAAACGGUAUGUUCUUACAUAAAAUAAUGUGCAAUGGCUUUUCUUUUUUCAGAAAAUUCAAUUGAGUAAUCUUGACGAUUGCAAGCCGUAUGAUCCCAGCCAAGAGUUCAUAUUCCCUCCGGAAUUGAAGGUAUUUUUUUCGAUUUUUUUGUAAUUUUGUAUAAUUUUUUUGAUAAUUUCUUGCAAUAAAAAAACACUUUUUUUCGCAACAUCGGGAUGGUAUGGUGAUGUUGGAGAGAGGGAAAAAGACCACUAGGUGGAUUAACGAACCCCACCCGUGAAGAAAAAUUAACUUUAAAUUUUUUUUAAAUUUAUUUCGAUGAAAGUUUGAUAUCUUUUUUUCCCGUUUUGAUAUUGAAGAUGAAUGAAAAAAAUUCACUGUUUCCUUUUUUUACGCUUCAAAAGCUUUUUUUCCAUUCAAUAAUAUAAAAAAAUCCGACAGUAUGUAAAUUUUUGUCAGUGGUACAUGCACAAGAUACAUCACAUUCGACGACUUUUUGUGAACAGGACGUAGCAAAUGCCUUGGUGAAUAAGCUUUAUCGUCUUUUCAAAAGUCCUUGCUAGUUUUAUUAAAGGAUCACAGGAUUAUUUUUCAAGGGUCUCAAGCCGAAGAAUAGCUUUUCUCGAAAUUUUAGGCCAUGUAAGACUGUUCAUGGUUUUUGAACGUAGUAGAACAUUAUUGCCGUGUUCGAAGCGAGUCGGCGAAAUUAAAAAUAACCGUCAGAGAAAGGAAAAGAUAACUAAAUUUUGGAGAGUCAGAGAAAAAUCUGAUUUUUUGCGGAAAUUUCUUUGAACACGGCAUCAGGAAUCCCAGAAUGGUCCUUAUAGGGGUUAGGAGCCGCAAAUGUGGUCACUAGGGUCCGCUCUGAAAUGUUUAAGUAGAUUCUCUUAAGGAAAAUAUCAAAAUUUCAGCUCGAAUUUUGAAAAAAAGAAAUCGGAAUAGCCUAGAAAAUCCUUUCAAAUUUCAGUUAAAAUCCUAUCAUCGAAAAUCUUUCGCGAUAGAAUCCGAAGGGACUCGAUGGUACCAACCAACAAGUUAUGCGUGAGUCAACUCAUUUUUUGAAAAUCGUAAAAAAUUGUAAUUCAGAAAACUCCUAGCGCUAAAACGCCAAGAACCAUCCUCCAGGCUUAUUUCUGGAAAUUCUGAGUUGGCCAUCGAAUUGAAAUUCCGAUUCAUUGAUUUAUCGUCAGUUAUCAACCCGAAACAGGUAUUUCUUUAAAAAAAUUAUAUUUUAUCUUAAAAUUAUGGUUUUCCAGGUUCCGGAGCUCCACGAGCAGCGGCUGGAUGACGAAAAAGGGAAUGUACCUGGCGACGGGCCUUUCAUUGACUGAAAUCGACGAUUUUUUGAAGGACGCUUGUAAAACCUUGCCGCAGGGUUCUACCCUCAUUCCAUAGAAGAUUUAUCAGAAAAUAUUCAGAAAAAACCAAAGUUUUCGGGGCGAUACACGAAAUGCUCCAUUGGUUCGCCGGAAAACAUGUUAGGAACGUGGCUGUGAGUUUUUCGGAUUUUUAUAGUUUUCGGAGCUUCUUUUGGGGGUUAAUAUUAGUUUAUUUUUACUUAUUUGGUGAUUAUUACCUUAAUUUUUGACUUGAUUUAAAAAAAAAUUAGAAUGUACCGGUAAGCCGAAAAAAAUUUCACAGUCAGAAAGAAAAUGAGAAGUUUUAUGGUUUUAACGGUAAGGAAAAGGGAAAAACUUGCUUCAAGUCGAUUUUUUGUGGAAACGAGAUUCGCCGAGAACUUGGUUGAAAAGUCACGAAAUCUAACACCACAGGUAAAACGAAAAAAUCCUUUUGAAGACCCUUGAAGGAGCUGAGAAGGUUCCGCUUUAAGAUCCUAGAAUGAUUGGAAAAAUAAUUUCGAAAACCUGAGAAUCUUUGGAGGAUCUUUUACGUUUUGCCUGUCUGCUAAAAGCUAAGAAACGAGUUGUGAAUUGAAAAAUCUAGCUCAAAAAGUUUACAGUCAGUGGCUGGAAACAUUGCGACGGCAUCCCCGAUCUCCGAUUUGAACCCGAUUUGGAUGGCUUCCAACGCCAAGGUUCGUUUUGGUCGAAGUUUGGAUUUUUCAGAAACUCGUCGAAGUUUUCUGGAAAUGCUUAAAAUGAGAUUUCUCAUAGUCAUUACCUUUAUUAUUGAAGAUAUGAUUUCAUAAAGCUAAGAAAUUUCGGUUUUAAGUCUGAUUUUUGACCUACAACUUUUAAGUUUGAUGUUUUUUUAAAACGUCUUGCGUAGAUAGGGACUGUAGAAAAGCUUCAAGUGGAGGAAUUUUUUGGACGAAUUUUUGGGAAAAUACAAAAUCUUAACUCUCCUAGGAAGAAUUUAACUUGUUCUGAAUAUUUAGGUAGUUCUGGACUCGGAAGAACGCGGCGAGAUCGAACUUCCCAUCGACGAAAAGUUCUUCCUCGGCUACCGUAAGACAGUUAUCCGGAGCGACGAAAUAGUCAAAGCUGUUUGGGUCCCUUUCUCCAGAGAGGUAGUUUUAGAAAGAGGAAUAUGACAAAACAGCCGCUGUCCGUAGGAGUGCGCUCUAUGGCUAAAAAAAUUUUUGAAUUAUUUGAAAAAAAUAAUUGGUAAAAAUUCUAAGAUGGGCUGAAUGGUUUCUUAUUUUUGAAGUGUAGCCUCAUUAAAAAAAUAAGGUUUUUCAGAAAGAGUCCGGAGGAUUAGCCUUGGCGCGCAAAUUCAUAAGAUGAUUUGCAAUUUUUUUGAGCUUCUGAAUUUUUCCGACCUAUUCUCUCAUAUUUCCUUAAAAUAUUGUCAAACUCGAAGAAAUGAGCUCUUCUUCAGAACGAGUUCUUCGCCGCGUACAAACAGGCCCAAAGACGCGAGGACGAUAUCGCGAUCGUUACCGGCGCCUUCAGCGCUGUCGUCAACCCCAAAACUUUGAUCGUAGAGGAUAUGAGGAUGGCGUACGGUGGAAUGGCUCCUACGACGAAACUCGCCUUGAACACCGCGAAGAAACUUAUUGGAAUGUCAGUUUUUUAGUUGAAAAGAUGGACCCUAAGGUUGAAAAGGAUCAUUAACGGGUUCGCAAGUGUGGUAGCAAGAAUUAUGGUCCACUUAAAAAAACUGUACAUAGGCAAAGUCGGAAGUACCCUUCACGGGCGCUUUGAAUGUCCGUAAUGGGUGCAAAAAGCUAACUUUGAUUGUUUCUAAACGGAUUUAAGGGGCAACGGUUUCCUUUUUAAUGCCUUUUUUCGCCUUUUCAUCGGCCUUCAUCCACUCUUUUUAGCCCUUUACUCUUUCGGCCUUUUCCUUUUUUCACUCCUUUUUGAGGCUUUUUAGCCCACCAAGAUUGAAAGACUCAAUAUUGGCCCGAAACGGAACCGUUUCAAUGGCCAUUUUUCAGUCACUCCCCUUUUUGCACCCGUUUCCGCACUUCCGACUUUGGCAGUUUAGUCACUUUUCUAGGAAUAUUCUGAAUAAUGCUCAAAAUUUCAAAGCAAUUUUUGUCUCUAUGUGCUUUUUUUCGGUGCUCAAAGGAAUGAUAUAGAGGUAACUGGCUCAUUUCUAUCGUUAUUUCACCAUUCUUCAACCAAAUAGUAAUUUUGAAGCCUAGGUGUGUUUAGAACCCUCUUUUGAUUGAUUUUGGACGUUUUGAAAUAUUUUUCACGCUUUUUUGUAGAGUUUUCCGAAAAACGUACCUUCCCUAGUCAUUAAAAUGAAGUCGAAGACCUGACAAUAAGGGUUCAAUAAAAAGCAGGAAAUGAACUUUUCUUUUUCAAAAAAGUUAUUUUUAUCAUUUUUCUUCCUGUUGACCACAUUUUUUGUGGGUUUUUUUGAAUAGAAACCUUCACAGUUUUCAAAUAAACCAUUGGAAAGAACUUUUUUUCAAGAAUAGAUGAUCUUACUAAGAAUUUCAGGAAAUGGUCGACGGCCCUGCUAGACACGGCGUUGGCCAGCCUUUCCGAGGAGUUCAAACUGCCGCCGGGAGUCCCGGGAGGCAUGUCGCGAUAUCGCGUCGCCCUCACGUUGUCGUUCUUCUUCAAGUUUUUCCUUCACGUCGCCAAGGAGAACAAUGUUCGAAUUCCAUUCCAUGGUUAUUGACCGAUAGAUUUUUUUGAGAUCACUGAAAUAGUGGAUUUGGGUGAGAAGACGUUUAUUGGGGACACGAUUCCAGAUGCGCUCGACGCCACUCAGGUGUAUCAGGUACCUUUUUCAGGUAGACAGUUCGAACUUGAAAGUUUUUAGGAAGUCGACGAGUCCCAACCGGCGGAAGAUCCAGUCGGUCGGCCUUUAAAACACGCCUCCGGAGACCGACACACGACCGGAGAAGCCGUCUACUGCGACGACAUUCCCGUUGCUCGUCUGUAGCCCCCCUCAAGUGGUCACUCCCUCAUUCGUCUUCAGGCUGUCUCCACAUGGCCUUCGUCAUGUCCCCGAUCGCCCGCGGAACCUUGUCUCAUGUCGACUACGCAAAGGCUCUGGAAAUGGACGGAGUCGUCGGCUACGUCGACGCGUCUGACGUCAAGACUGGAGCGAAGUUGGGCCAUCAUUGUGACACGCCGAUUUUCGUCGAGAAGGAGGUUGGGGUGAUAAAAAAAAUGAACAAAAGAACUGACAAGUAUUUCAACAGGAUGGAAAAUCUACAAUUGAAAGCUAGGAUCUGGCUCAGUAAAAAAGGCUCUUUUCAUUUAAGCUAUCCGAGAAUUCACCUAGAAGUGAGCUUUUUUGGACCUCGGUGACGCAAUCUAGACCCCCCCCCAUCCGGACAUUUCUGAGUGCUUCUAGUGAUCACUUAAGAAUACUGACACUGUUUGACGAUUUUGAUUUUCUCCGAGCUACAAAACCCGCCUGGGAAGCUUCCUUUCGAUGCGCGUGCGCCUUUAAUUAAGCGCGGGGGAAGGUAACACGCGCCCGGACGUUCCAGAGAAUUACUAGGGAUCACUUUAGGGGCGAGAGCACUCUUAAGUUAUCACGAAAAACGCGUUUGCGGGACCUAGGCUCAAGCUCAUUAUGGGAAUUUUAGAAGAUUUGGUCCAAACUUUCUUGAUAAGUGGUCCUAAAAAAAAAUUACCCAAAAAUGGAAAAAUUCGGUCAGACGCGAUAGGUUGUCAAGAAAAAGCUGGAAACUUAAUUCUACAGUUUUUAAAAUUGAACUUUCUUGAAAGUUCUGAGCACAACGAGAUGAUUUUCUCAUCUGAAUUUGAAUAAAGAUCAUUUUUCAAUACUUCUUCUCGGUCCCUUACAAAGAUUGGACGAUGAUUUCUUUUUAUCCUGUAAAUUUCUUCCCCUGGGUUUUAACCUAAAAAUUUCGGACAAGAUCCAAACUGUGACCUCAAAAACUUCCCCGCCCAGGAUUAAGUUUUUCAGAUAACUUACCAUGGUCAGCCGAUCGCGGCCAUCGUUGCUGAGGACCACGAAACGGCCAGAAGAGCCGCCAACGCCGUCAAAGUCGAAACAAUCGUGGGAAGACCCAUCAUCUCUAUUGAGGUGCUUCUUGUCCGAGAAAAAUUAGCCGAAGGAAGAAUUCAGGAAGCGAUAGAGCACAAAUCCUUCCUACUCAAAGAUAUGGUGGUUCAUUCUUCGCUGAAUGAAGGAGGCACGGAAGUUGCCAAAAACGACUGGAGCAAGUAUGAUCGUGUCGUUGAGGGAGAGGUCCGCAUAGGUGGACAGGUGAGUCGGAACUUUCCAAGGUGACACUUGAGUGAAAUUGAUUUCGCUUGAGCACCUCUUUAGAGUGGUAAAUUCAGUUUGGAUUUUCUCAUCUUGAGCUUGAUUUUUCCAAGGGGAAACUUAAGUGGAAUCGAUUCCUUUUGAGCACCUGACAGGGGUGAUAACCUCAGUGUGAAUUUUCUCAUCUCGAGCCUGAAUUUUCAAGGGGGCACUUUAGUGAAACUGAUAUCGUUUGAGCACCUGUUUAGGGUGGUAAUUUCAGUGUGUGGGUUUUCUCAUCUUGAGUUUGAAUUUUCCAAGGGGCCACUUCAGUGAAUUUCAUCUCACUUCAGUAUCUGACAAGGGUGGUAACCUCAGUGGGAAUUUUCUCAUCUUGAGCUUGAUUUUUCCAAGGGGGCACUUUAGUGAGGUGUGAAAAUGUAUUUUUCCUUAGAAUUAAAAACUAAAAAAUCAUUUUUUUGAUCACCGAGGUCAGAAAUAUUUAUUAUUCUGAGUUGAGAGACUGAUUUUUCCUCAAAUUUGAACCCUCAUCUCCUGGGAAGUUUAAAAAAAAGAUUUUUCAUCGAAAGUGAGAUCACAAGACGUCACUCUAGAGAUCACUUCUCGUUUCUGAAACAAGGAAACAAUCUUCAUUCAGGAGCACUUCUACUUGGAAACCCAACAGUGCGUUGUGACUCCUUUAGAAGCUGAUGAACUGGAUAUUAUUACCUCAAAUCAAGGAAUCAAUGAUGUGCAGGUAGAUAAUCAAUAAUAAAAAUGAAGUAAAAUCGAUUUGACAGUUGGAAGUCGCAAAAUGUCUCGGCAUCGGCGCUCACAAGAUCUUCGUCCGCGUCAAAAGAAUCGGCGGCGGUUUCGGUGGCAAAGAAAGUACUGGCGGCAUUUUGGCGGUCCCUGCCGCUCUCGCGGCCCUUAAGUUUGUACUUUAGGAUUUUCUGUACUGUAUUUUGGACUGAGAGGUUAGGCUUAAGGGAAUCUGAACUUGAAGGUUUAAAGUUGAGAAAAAUGGUGGGAGGUUAAAUAAAUUUUACAUGAGUUUCAAAUUUUAAGCCCUGAAGAGACGACAAAGAAAAGAGAUGAUCUCUCUUCUCUGGAGUCUCUUCAGUUGCUUUAGUCUUUACUGCAAUAUCAGUGAAAAACGAUUCUGAAUAAAACUUUGCCUAUUUUUUUAAACGAUAAGGAUGUGAAAAUAGCAGUAGCGAAGAAGGGACGACAGAGAAAUUGACGUAUCUUUUUUUCUCUGGCAUCUCUUUUUAGCCUUAUCAGUAAGCACAGAGAUGAGGUGCAUCCACUCCAAGUUUUAAAAAUUGAAAGAUUCAUCUUUUUUCCCCACCUCAAGCAAAUUAGGUACCGCCGACCGGUGAAAAUAGUCCUGGAGCGAUUCGACGACAUGGCCAUAACUGGAACCAGACAUCCGUUCCGGCUCAACUACCGUAUCGCCGUCGAUGAGAAAGGCAUAUUCCUCGACCUCGACUACACGGCCUAUUCGAACGCUGGCCACACUUUGGACCUUUCUGUCGGCGUCAUGCGUAAGGAUUGACUUUCUUCUAUGUUCUUAAUGAAUUUUACUUGAUCUCUCACCCUCCCCCUCAGUUUUUAGAGAUUUCUCGUUUGUUCUCAAAACUGUCACUACAUCAAUAACCAAAGUUCUUUUAGUGAUCACGCCAGUUUUUCAUUAGCAGGCUAUUGGCCAAAAAAUGUGGCUUGGAACUGAACCAAGCUUUUAGAUAAACUGUAGCGCAUGAUAUUUUACUAUAAGCUUCAAAAAUUCUUGAAAGAAUCAACGUCUUCGGGUGAUUUUGUACUGCUUGAGCAGCCUUGGCGCUAGGUCGGUGAGACAACGUCCUGUCCUGAUAUAGGUCAUAAUAAUUGGGCUGGUUCUGGUGACGCAUCCGUCCUCGUGUUGACGGCUGGGGAUCAAGCAAUUGCCGGGCGGCCCCAGCAAGACCUCAAUUGAAAAUGACCGGCUCGAAGAUUUUCUUUUUUUAGAAGCGUUGCCUAGCCCAAGUUCGCUCGGGCUUCUUCGCAAAAAAUGAACCUAACACGGGAAGUGCGAAAGGUCGAGGUAUUGGAAUUUAAUGAAACUUGGUAUAUAGGUACUUCCGAACACCCUGAAUCCAAAACAGUUGAAAAAAAGUGCGCCUUUUUGGUUUUAGUCGAGUUAGGGCACCUCAAAGUUUGCACGCAAAAAUUGCAUUGGAAGGGAGGAGGGAAUGUGUUGCGGCGGCUAACUUCCACUGCCAGCAGGUGUCGUGGUGUAGUGGCUAAAGGUCUCGCGCUGUGAAACCUAUGAUGCUGGUUCGGUCCCUUGUUGGUGAUUUUUUUUUUGCCAAUUUUUUUCAUUUGAAAAAUGAGGAAGUUUUGAUGAUGGAGUGAAAGAACAGCUCAAAAUUCUCAAAUUCACCAUUUUAUGCCCAUCUGAGAAAAAUCUCGACAAAAAAUUUUUUGUUCCAUUUUUCCUUGCCUAACCAUAAGGCUUAUGGUCGACUCAUUACUUCAAAAAAAUUUCUGAUGAACCAAUAAAAUCAAAGUUUUAUGAUAUUUAUUCUUCUUUCCUUCCUUUAUGACGUUAUGUGUGUAAAAAUGUGUAUCAAAGUCCAGCUUCACUUUAUUUUCACACUCGAGAUGAUAUGGCGAUGCUGCAGGGAAUGAAAAAAAAGACAAGGAAAAGGGUUAACUAACCGCCAUCUUCGAAGAAAAAAACCGUUUGAUGAAUAAGAAUAGAAGCAUAGAACUACAAUAAAUUGUUAUUUAUAUCACAAACCUAUGAACUCUCGCGAGAUUAAUCUCGACGCCCAAAUUUCCUGCACAGAGGACAACAAAAAAACUAAAAAAUUUUUUUGUUGAAAGUCUUUCUCAAAACGACAUAAAAUAGUGAAUUUUAACACUUUGAACGGUAUUUUUCGUUCUAUCUUCAAAAAUUCAUCAAUUUUUUUGAAAAACUUCAGGGCAAAAAAAAAUUUCACCAAAAAGGGUCCGAACCCGCAUCAUAGGUUUCACAGCGCGAGGCCUCUAGCCACUACACCACGCCGCCUGCUGGAAGCUAGAGUUAGCCGCCGCAACACAUUCCCUCCUCCCUUCCAAUGCAAUUUUUGCGUGCAAACUUUGAGGCGCCCUAACUCGACUAAAACCAAAAAGGCGCACUUUUUUUCAACUGCUUUGGAUUCAGGGUGUUCGGAAAUACCUAUAUACUAAGUUUCAUUAAAGUCCAAUACCUCGACCUUUCGCACUUCCCGUGUAAAGCCCGGGCCGGCCUGGCCUUACAUGUCGCACAAGAAAGCUGGAUUAGAAAGCCACAAUCAAAAUGUCUCGAACCCCUCGUUUGGCUCACGGCGGGGAUCGAGCUUGUAACCCUUAGGGCCGUAGACCUGUUGCGCUACGGUUCGCUCGUGGAAAAAAAGACUCAUGAAAAAGCUCAUUUGGGAACUUAUUAUGAAAAAAAAAGAAAAUUUCAGAACGAGCCAUGGUCCACGCCGACAACGUCUACCAGUUCGGCAACGCUGACAUCACUGGCGUCAUGUGCAAGACCAACACUUCUUCUAACACUGCUUUCAGGUCAAAGAUAGAAACGAUCUUGAGUUGACUUGAGCUUUUUAUACCUUUCUGAAAAGCGGAAAUAUCAUUGCUAAGAGCCUUGGAAAAAUGCCCCCCCCUCUUUUUAAACGCUCUUUGAAUUUGGAAGAUUAAACGUAGACUUGUAUUUUCCUCAUUUUGGGAUUAUAGAGGCUUCGGUGGCCCACAAGGUAUGUUCGGAACGGAGGUGAUGGUGAAGCACGUCUGCGAGGAGUACGGCCUCGACCACGACGAGGUCCGCUACCUCAACAUGUACGAGGAGGGCGCCUGCACUCCCUUUGGCAUGCACCUUCGACAGUGCAACAUACAGAGAACCUGGCACGAGUGCCGCGAAAUGAGCGACUAUGAAGAGCGGAAGAAGGCCGUUGAGCAGUUCAACAAGUGGGAAAAUGAGGAAAACGACUAGAAAUAACUGAGAAAUAGGGUCAACAAGUACCGGAAACGAGGCAUCUACCUGUUGCCGACCAAGUUCGGCAUCGGCUUCGGAUUGAAACAGUUGAAUCAAGUUUGAAGGAAUUUUUGAAUCGUGUACUUCCGAAGUUUUAGGCCGGCUCCUUGGUUCUGAUCUACACCGAUGGAACGGUCCUUGUCUCUCAUGGCGGCAUGGAAAUGGGCCAGGGGCUGCAUACGAAGAUUUUGCAGGUGAUUCAGGGAAUUAGGAUAAAGUCGUUGGAAAAUUUUAAAAAAACAGAAAAAAAGAUAUGUGUAACCCCCCUUGCAGCACUGCCUAUUUUAGCCCUCCCCCUUUCAAGGUAAGAUAUAUCGAUCGAGCAGUACAGAUUGGUUUUGCGGCCGCGACCCUCUUGCAGUACCGUCUACUCAGCCCCUCGAAAGAAAUAAUAAACCGAUCGAGUAGUACAGAAUGGUUUUUUUUGUGAUCCUAGAAGCUGGAAAGGAGAAAGGGGCGGGGGGAUGGGCGGUCACACCCUUCUGAAAAGCUUCAUUUCAAUGAUUUUGGAAAAAUUCAGUCGAACACACACUGGAAGAAGUUACACGAAGAAAUCUAUUGGUCUAUUUAGAUUUAUAAAAAGAAUGAGAAUUUUCAAGGUUGCCGCUCGUUGCUUGGGAGUUCCGAUCGAGAAGGUUCACAUCCACGACACCGCUACUAAUAAGGUAAUUUUAAUAAAAGCUCCAAGAAGUGGUAGUUCUCUAUGGAAAUGUCAAAUUCUAUUCAAGUACCUCUUAAAUAACCACUGAAGAGUUUUUACUGAACUGAAUGUAAUAGUUUCACGUUUUUUUGUUUCUAGUAGCAUCAUAGCCUCAUAUUCUUCUUACCGAAGGUACAGCUCGAAUUUCAAGGUCUUAUAGAAGCUCUAAUAAGAAAUAAAUUUAUUCAAAUACUAGAAGAAAUCUCCUUGAAUGGCCACUAAAACGGCUUGAAAAGAAAAAAGCUUGUAAUUUUUCACUGUCCUUGUCUGUUCAAACUUUAAUGGUCAAGUUAUCGCUCAAGCUCCGUUCCUAACCAAUCAGAAAGCGAGCACUCUAGAGCGUUUCCAAAUGACGUCAUUGUACUCGAUGUUCGAAACCUGAAUAGACUAUACUUCUAUUUUUCCAAGAAGCCUACAUUUUCAAGGGAAAUUUUUUUCAAAAUAAUAUUUUGAAGGUUCCAAACGCCUCGGCAACGGCUGCUUCCGUAGGCAGCGACAUGAACGGACUGGCGGUCCAAGAUGCUUGUCGGCAACUCAACGAACGUCUCGAGCCGUUCAAAAAGGCGAAUCCUCAGGGAAAAUGGGAAGAUUGGGUCCGCGAGGCCUACGUCGAACGUGUCUCUCUUGCCGCUUCCGGCUUUGGAAUGUUAGAAAAUGAAAAAGCUCGAGGAAGACCUGAGAGAUUCCAGAAUCCAUCACGAGCCCGUCGACUUUUUCAACGGGAAGGGCGCCGAGUUGUUCGGAUAUUGUGUCUAUGGAACGGCGUGUUGCGAAGUCGAAGUCGAUUGCCUCACUGGAGACCAUCAUGUUAGUUAGGGGGAGAGUUGAAAUUUCGAAGCUUCUCGAAAAAAAAAAACGAUUGAGAAUGUUUCCACAUGUUGAUCUGGCUGAAAAUACGGUGCAAGAACGAGUUUUUCUUUUGCGGAGCGUACUGUAUGUGAAAGUCCGCGUUUGCCCCGUGCACAUUGCAAAAAUAGGAGAAAAGAGAGAUGAACGAAGUUUGCAAACACGCAAAGUGCAAACGCUAAAUGCGGACUUUUACAUACCGUACUCUUCGCAGCAUCGCAAAACUGUGAAAAAGAGACGGGUCAAGCGCAGUGUGUAAACACGCAAAGUGUCUAAUGCGGACUUUUUCAUACCGUACUCCAUGCAAAAGAAAAACUCGCUCUUGUCAUACAUGAGUGAAUAACUUUUUGAAAAGUCCAAUAAUUAAUCACCUUCCUCGACCUUUUUUCUAGUUUCAUCUAAAGAAUCAGAGACUUCGAUGGAACUUUUCAAUAGGAAAUAUGAAUAUCGGCUCUUGAACUCAUUCAUUUCGGAGUUUCUCAAAGGUAUACCUGAACUUGAAAAAAGUCUUACUUGUAAAUUUAGUUCAGUUUCUAAAGGAUUAUUCAUGUUAUUGUCCCUUUCCUGAAAAAUAGGUUUUUAGGGACUUUCACGAAAUGGAAAAUAAGCGCUUCAGAAUUUUCUGAAACAAUGUUAGCCAGGAUAGCGGAUUGAUUUAAGAAAAUGUCCGAAUUUUUAUUAAAUAGCUUCAAAAUCUAUGAAACUCACAAGAGGGUCACUUUACUUUGCGGAUUUUCGAAAAUCGGCCAAAAGGCUGAUUGAUUUCUUAUAAAAUAGUCCUUGGAAGUCUCAACUCUGCAAUGUUUUCGAGGUCUGAGGGCUCAAAACCCCAAAAUGACCGAUUUGAGAGAUUACGAGUGGUUUCUUUGACUUUGAGGUGUUCUUUCUCAAAAUAAGAAAAUUCUACAGGUUGAGAUUUUCAGCAUAUUUUUAUUGUAUUAGGUUGUUUACUAAGUUUCUUUCUUUUUUUGAAAGACUUUUUUUAAAAAAAUUUUCAACCAGAAAAGCACUUCUCACAAUUUUUGCUUCAUAUAGUAUUUACUACUUCACAAUCUGAAGUUCAAAUUAAAAACUAACUGUAUUCCUAUAACACUAUGCAGAAAAAAAAUACAGAACUUUGUCCGAACUCGGAAAAUCUCGAUUUUCGGAAAGUUUUGCGAAUUUAUUUUUUAUCUUACUUUUUCUAUCUUAUCAUUUGAACAAGUUACAUAAAACGUAAACUGAGGUGGUGUGGUUGCUCGUGAAAGUUUUCGUUAGCUUCCAAAAAAUUUGAGAAAUGAGUUAUUUAUUCAAAAGCCAGACCAUACAAAUUUAUGAUUGGCCAAAAUUGUUGAAACAAUGCGCGUCCUGUUUUCGUUUGAUUUUCCCCGAAGUACAUUUGUAAUUAUCUAUCAGGUUUGAGGUUUUGAAAUAAAUCAUAGGCAUAACAUUAGCAACCGGCAGCUACCGUGAAACUCGAGGAUCUAAUUUAACAGCCUAUUUUCAUCAUAAAAUUUUUAUAGCACCAGGGCAGUGGUUUCUAUCCACUCUCAAAUUUUCUGUUCUUUUGCUAUCUCUCAAGUUAAUAAAAAAACAAGUACAACAAAGGUCACUGCAGCCAUGUGUCAAAGCAGAAGUGGUUCGACUGAGUUUUUCCGGUCUAAAAUUUUGAGAAACGGUAAUCAACUGAAAUGACAGCUUGAUUAACUUCUGGAGGCUCUCUGACGGCGUCAAACGUUUAGACCUUCUGAAGAAAACGUGACUGAUACAGACCAUGUCUGUACUAAAUAAUCACAAAAAAUCAAAAUCAUCCUCAAAGCCUUUCAUGAGAAAAGCGUCUAAAUGUUCAGCGACCAUGUCAUUGUCAUUGAUCACUGACCGAAACUUUUAAAGAAAAAAGAUUUUUAGGCUGGUUUUUUGUUUAAAAAGUCAGCUUGCCUACUUUAUCUGUACUUCCAUCCUCCCUCGUUUUCAUCAACUACAAAACAUUGAAUCAUAAAUUUUUUUAGAAGAAACAAAAAAAGUUUUUCUAAGAGGGGUUGAAAUCGAGUUAGUUGCCCUUUUUUGAGUAUAUCAUUGCUCGUUUUGAAGUCAGGAACUCCAAAAUUAACAGUCAUGUUAACAGAUAGCUGAGAAUGACGGGGGGAGAAAUUGUUUGCUGUUUGAAUCCAAAAUUGAAAAGUUAUACACCAAAUAACUUUCAACCGAAAAAAGAAAGAAACUUAGUAAACGACCUAAUACAUCAAUGAGUGUUAUAGCCGAUUUACAGAAAAUUCUAAAAUGACCAAACUCAAACGAAGAAAUGAUUCAGCUUCUCUCCACCGACAUCGUGAUGGAUAUCGGAGAAUCGCUGAACCCAGCUGUCGACAUUGGUCAGAUUGAAGGAGCUUUUAUCCAGGUUCACUCAUAGUCCAUUCACCGUUGGCUUGAGCUAAGAUUUUAGGGUCUUUAAGCGAAAAAAGCCUAUUUAAAAACAUUUUUCUCAAGCCAGCCGUGAAUUGAGCAUAUCUCACUAGGUGUCAUGAAUGAUAUCCGAAAUUUCCCAGGGCUACGGUCUGUUCACGAUGGAGGAGAUUCGGAUACGAGCCGAUGGCGUCCGACUGACCCGCGGGCCCGGAAACUACAAGAUCCCUUCGGCCGACGACGCCCCGAGACGGUUCAACGUUGCCUUGCUCAACGGCAGCAGCAACCGGAUGGGCAUUUUCAGCUCCAAGGUGGGUUUUUGAACCAUGGUGGUAACGAGAAUGUGGUCUGACUAGACCGCAGCGGGCCUUAGGCGAUAUAGUCAAGGGCUCUUCCUGCGACAUCGUUAAUGUCGCAGGAAGCCAAAGCCAUUUGCCGCUAUAUGCGAGCAGCAGGCGAUAAAGCCAAGGCCUUUUUCUGCGAUAUCGUCAGGAGUUGAAGGCAACAGUUCUCCCUGCGACAUCGCCGAAGUUCCGCUGCUAUAUGCGAGCUGAAACCUCUUUCUGCGACAUCGCCAAAGUCUCAUCUUCAUAUGUGUGCCGUAGGCGAUAGUCUUUUUUCGCGACAUCUCAACGUCUCGCUGCCAUAUACAGGUCGCAUAUGUUGUAGGCAAGGGUUCUCGCUGCGACAUCGUCAAAGUCUCGUUUCCAUAUGCGAACCGCAGGCGAUAUAGCUGAAACCUCUCGCUGUGACAUCGUCUAUGUCUCGCUGCUAUAUGCGAGUAACAGGCGAUAUAGCCAAGGCUUCUUGCUGCGAUAUCGUCAAAGUCUCGCUGCUAUAUGCAUGUCGCAGGCGUUGUAGUGAAGGGAUAUCCCUGCGACAUCGUCAAAGUCUCGGUGCAAUAUGUGGGCCGCAGGCGAUUUAGUCAAAGACGUUCACUAAGACAUCGUCAGAGCCGCGCUGCCAUAUGCGAACAGUAGACGAUAAGGCCAAGGCUUUUUUCUGCGACAUCGCCAAAGUCUUGUUGACAUAUGUGGGUCAUAGGCGAUAAGGUCAAGGCUUUUUUCUGCUACAUCGCCAAGUCUCGCUGGUAUAUGCAUGUCGCACGAGUUAUAGCCAAGGGAUCUUGCUGCGAUAUAGCCAAACUCUCGCCGCCAUAUGCAAGUCGCACGAAUCAUAGGCAAGGGAUAUCCCUGCGACACCGCUAAAGUCUCGCUGCCAUAUGUGGGUCACAGGCGAUAUAGCUAAGGGCUCUUGCUGCGAUAUCGCCAAAGACUCGUUGCCAUAUGCGGGUGACAGGCGAUAUAGCUCAAACCUCUCACUGCGACAUCGUCUGUGUCUCGCUGUCAUAAGUAGACCACAGGCAAUAUAGCCAAGGAUCUAGUUGCGACAUCGUCAAUGUCUCGCUGCCAUAUUGUUCUUUCUUAUAAAUGCGAAAUUUGGAGAAAAAAAAAACCUUUUUUUGCCUUUUCUCGACUUUUUUAAUAAAAAUAAUCACACAGUCAAUCAAUCAUUUUUCGUUUUAGUCAUGGAUUUAGUCGAAUAGGCGCUGAUUGGUUAAGAAAUGCUCUCUAAUUAAGAAUUAUUUAGGCCGUCGGUGAGCCUCCGCUCUUCCUCGGUUGCUGUGCCUACUUUGCGAUCCGGGAGGCGGUCAGAGCCUACCGCCUGGACCAGGGUCUGCCCGGCUAUUUCCGCUUUGAUUCUCCAGCGACACCUGAGCGUAUCCGGGUCGCGUGCGAAGACAAGUUCAUGAAAAUCGUUAGUUUCCUUCUGAUUUUAUUUUUUAUUCAUUUUUCCCGCAGAUUGAUCCGCUCCCCGAGGCCGGCUCUUACACUCCUUGGACAGUCGAUUUGUGA